AUGGAAGUUGACCUCGAGGCCACAGAGACUUUCGUGCUGGCGAUGGGAAACAACUCUGACGGACAGCUAGGUUGUGGCAUGGCCGACGAGGACGAUGACAAGGUCUUUUCGCCUUGUGAGCUGCAUGCUUUUGACUCGGUGGGCAUUCGUAGUUGCUCCGCUUCUUUGAAGCACUCGAUUUGGUUAAGUCACGACGGUUUGGUGUAUACUGCUGGGGAUAACGAUUCCGGACAGCUGGGCCGAGCCGGGAAGCGUGCGAAGCCCUUCAAGAUUGAUUCCAUCGAGCACAUGCCCGUCGAAAGCACGGCAGCAGGCAACGGGUUCAGCGUCCUCGCUGCGAAGUUGGAUGGGCGCCUCAUGGGCGUCGGCCGAGGGGACCGGGGGCAGCUGGGAAUGGGGGGUGCCGAUCGAGAUGACAAGGAGCGAGUGAAGUUUUCGUCUGCCUUGGACGAGCAGCUUCUGCACAUCUCUGCUGGGGAUUCGCACUGUAUCGCACUGUGCCGCUCAGGAAAAGUUCUGGCAUUUGGAGAGAACAAGCAUGGCCAGCUUGGAGUCGGUGACUUCGUGAGUACUGCGACACCAAAGCCUGUGCCUACUUUGCAAAGCCGACCCGUGGUUCGGGUCUGCUGUGGAGGAUCACAUACGUUAGCAAGAACGGCCACUGGACUUCUGUGGGCUUGGGGCUGCAACGAGCACGGCCAGCUUGGCCUUGGCGACCUUAAGCCGAGGUUUCGCCCUGAGCAGGUGAAGGCCAUGCGCGUUUCCCGCUGUGUGGAUGUCGCGGCAGGAAACCGGCACAGUUUGGCCAUCUCGGAGAAGGGCCUUGCCUUUGCGUUCGGAGCUGGUGGAAGUGGGCAGCUGGGCUCUGGCGGCAUCGCUGAGGCCGAGCCUUAUCCGAAAGUCAUCGAAGCUUUGAAGGAGAUUGGGACGUGCUUACAGAUCGCUUGUGGGCACAGCCACAGCCUCGCCGUGGUUCUGAACCAGGAUUCCCUGAAAGAGAAUGUUUAUGCCUGGGGCCUGGGAUCGAGUGGCCAACUGGGCGUCCCGCGGGAAAACCUUCACGAGAAGAAGCUGUCUCCCUUGCCACAGAAGCUGCGUCUGGAUCCAUCCCUGAAAGUGUUGAACGUUUGCAGUGGUCCCCUCUCGCACCAUACCUUCCUCAUCGCUUUCCGGGCUCCUGGUGCUGCUGAGUCCAGUGGCUACCCGGGAAGCUUCCCUGGCAAGGAGGCCUUGAGCCCACUUACAACCAUGGCGGCCGUCGUGCCUAUGCGGCACUCUCUGCACACCGCCAUCGAUGCGGACGAGCUGCUCCAUACCCUGAGAAGCCUGAAAGGCAGCGAGGGUAUUCAACAAACUGCGCUCGUGAAGGCUGUGGGCGCUGCCUUCAGCUCUGUGAGUGUGCUCAAUGCUUCUUUCCGCCGAACGUCGCCACUCGGGACGACGGCGGAAUCCAGUGGUGUCGACCUUCUCAAAGUGCGCAAGGCAUACCACACCCUGGUCUUUGAGCUAAGGAAUGCUGAGUUGAUCAAUACACUGGGGAGAGCCACCGUCUCUAUCUGUGAUGAGCUUUCCAAGCAGCGUGUUCCGACGGACGAUCCCGAAACGCUCUGCGUGUUUUUGGUUUUGUUUGAGAAUCCAUUGUUGCUCGCUGAACAUCGAACCUCGCUCUUUGCUGGCUUCCAUGUCGCCUUACAACGCCUCACGGCGGCGGUGCUCUCGCUUCCAAAAGACUCUCAAAAGCUUCUCUUCGGCUGGCUGAAGCACCUCCCUAGUGAGUACUUCGGACGUGUGGUGAACGUAAUGCAGCAGUAUGUGACUUACGUUCUCACGCAGCCUGGGCAGAACCAGAGCGAUGUGUCAGCUGCGGUGAUUUUGCUUUCGACUCUUUGGGACGCCAACGCUGAGAUGGAUGGCAUAUUGCCUGAAUGGUGCUUUCAGAGCCAGGCCAUAUCUCAAAGCUCGGACUUGCAGGAGCACUACCGUCAGUGGCAGCAGCAACAGUCGCUCGUGUUCUCGUACUGUCGAUAUCCCUUCUUGCUGAAUGCCGGUGCCAAGCGCAGACUCAUCUCCUUCGACGUGGAGCUCCGCAGCCAGGUUGCCUCCCAGGAGAUCUGGGCAAAGAUGCUCCGAGAGGGCGCCCCGGAAGAUUCCUUCCAGCGCGUUCUGGUCUACCGGGUGCGGCGGGAGCACAUACUCUCAGACUUCUGCGGCCAACUCUGGUGGCGGAUACAAAACCAGCCAGAGAGCCUGUGCUUGCCGCUGACCGUGGAUUUCGUGGGCGAGCACGGAAUCGAUGCCGGCGGAUUGCGAAAGGAAUGCCUGCACCUGGUGCUGCGAGAGAUGUACACAAAGACCCAGGUCUUCGUCGAGCUGGAUGAGUGGCCUGGCCUGCUGUGGUUUCGCCCGGCCUGCGACAGCCAGGUGCUCUCCGUCACGGCUCCAGAUCAGACAGCGCACGAUGAGUCUUGGGUGGAGCAUCUGCCGGAGAUUGCUGGUGCCAUUGUGGGCCUGGCGGUGUACAACGCUAUCUACCUGGACUUCAGGCUGCAUCCUCUCAUGUACAAGUUUCUCAUGCAGGGCCCGGUGACCCCUACCGUCGAGGAUCUCCAGGGUCUUCAUCCUUCUUUGUACAGGUCACUCACCAGUCUGCGCAAACACGACAUCCGGAAUCUUUGCUUGACCUGGUCAGUCCGCUUGCCUGGUGCCAACGAGGACAGGCCCUUGGCGGGCAAGCCUGCAGCUGCUGAUGUCCAGCAGGAAGAGCUCGAGACAUUUAUUGCAGAGUAUGCACAAGCCGCCCUCUAUGCUGGGGACGGCGAGCAAAUCCGAGGGUUUGUGCAGAAAGCCUUGCUGUGCAUGGCUGUUGGGCCGGCCUUCCGUCUCUGCACGGCCCACGACUUGGAGCUGCUGAUCUGCGGGCUCCCAUACCUUGGGGACUUCAAGGACCUGGAGCUGAGCUGCAAGUACGAGAAUGGUUUCUUCCCAGAUCAUCCUGUGGCAAAAGUGUUCUGGCGGGUGGUGCAUGGCAUGUCUGAGAUCUGGCAGCGGAAGCUGCUCCUCUUCUGUACUGGCUGCGACCGUGUGCCCAUUCUUGGCCUCCGAGCUUUGAAUUUCGUCUUGUCACGGAGCACGGCGGAUCUUGACCACCUCCCAACGGCGAACACCUGCAUCAAUCAACUGAACCUGCCGGAGUAUCCCACGGAGGAGAUGAUGCACAUUCGUCUCCAUGCAGCGCUGGAGCACUACACCGGCUUUGGGUUUGCUUGA